AUGGCGGCGGCGAUUGUGCGCAGGAUCCGCAUACGGCAAGACCUGCGUACCACGUCGGCGUUUGAGCGAGACAUGAAUGACAUGGUGGCACAGGACUUAUACGAGCAAAUUCUCCUCAGUAGCAUUCGCAGCGGCAGCGACCCGAAUGCAAAGGCAGUGGUCGAGGUGUACGAGGGCUACGUGGAGCCGAGCUACGACCCGGUGAAGGGCGCGAGCGUGGCUGCGAGCCAUCGACAGGCCAUUCAGGAGAUCUACAAGGAGCGCGAAGUUAUCAUCCGCACCCUGCGCUCCUCAGAGGAGCACCGCGAGCUUUCUGCCUUCGACCGGCUUCUGCGAGAGACCGAGUUCUACACCGGCGUUCGGGAGUGGACGGGGGCAUCGGCGCGCGGCCCGCGCAGUCGACUGUACCGUCACUCCAGGCACGACAACGAGGAGGAUUCGACCGGGUUCGACAUGAUGCACCUGACGGAGACGCCGUCCUACAUCCGCGGAAAGCUGCGCCCGUAUCAGAUCGAGGGCGUGAACUGGUUGCUCAGCCUCUUCUCGCGCGGCGUGAAUGGGAUUUUGGCAGAUGAGAUGGGGCUGGGCAAAACCUUCCAGACCAUCGCCACUAUCGCGUACCUCAAGUUCACUUUAGGGAUGCCGGGCCCGCACCUGGUCGUGUGCCCGAAGUCUGUGAUGGGGAACUGGUACCGCGAGUUCAAGCACUGGUGCCCUGGGCUCUUGGUGUACAAGUUCCACGCCUCUAGCGAUAUUCGGCCAAGCAUCGUCAAGGCUCACUUGCACCCUACCGAUCGCAUCAAGUACGACGUCAUUGUGACGACCUUUGAGAUGGUUCUGGAUGAGCUCAACUUGUUUAAGCGCAUUGCGUGGCAGUACUUGAUCGUCGAUGAGGCUCAUAAGCUGAAGAACGAGGAGGGGCGUGCCCAUACGGCGCUGGACUCCCUGCACACGUCGCACCGACUCAUUAUCACCGGCACGCCUCUGCAAAACAACCUCAAAGAGCUAUGGGCGCUGCUGCACUUCCUGGCACCACGCUUGUUCAGCGACUCUGAAUCCUUCGACACGUGGUUCGACACCGCGUCGGGCCAGCAGGACGCCAACGUCAUGUCAAACCUGCACAAGAUCCUCGCUCCCCUCAUGAUUCGUCGUCUCAAGGCUGAUGUGAGCACUGGCAUUCCGCCAAAGAAGGAGAUUUACGUGUCGUGCCAGCUCUCCAAGAAACAAAGAGAGUGGUACAUGAACGUCCUUGCGAAGGACGCCGAGGUGCUGAACAAGGCUGGCGGCAGUGUUGCCUCUCUGACGAAUGCCAUGAUGAGUCUUCGAAAAGUGAUCAAUCACCCUUACCUUAUGGACGGCGGCGAGGAGGGGCCUCCGUUCGUCACGGAUGAAAAGUUGGUGAGAACGAGUGGCAAGAUGAUCAUUCUGGACAAGCUGCUGCACCGAUUGAGGGCUGAUGUGCAGGGCAAGCACAAGGUGCUCAUCUUCUCUCAGUUCACCUCGAUGCUUAACAUUUUGGAGGACUACUGCAACAUGCGCGGCUUCAUGUACUGUCGCAUCGAUGGCAACACCAGCGGCUACGACAGAGAUUCCCAGAUGGCAUCUUUCAACUCCCCCUCGAGCGACUAUUUCAUUUUUCUGCUAUCCACCCGCGCUGGCGGUCUCGGCAUCAACCUUCAGGCUGCGAAUCACGUCAUUCUGUACGACUCCGACUGGAACCCGCAGAUGGACUUGCAGGCGCAAGAUCGCGCGCAUCGCAUCGGCCAGAAACGUAGCGUCCGCGUCUACCGCUUCGUCACGGACGGUACGCUGGAAGAGAAGAUGUACCGCCGAGCUCUAAAGAAGCUCUACCUGGAUGCGGUGGUGGUGCAGCAGGGCCGACUGCAGUCGAAGGCGACGAAUCAGGCCUCCAAGGAGGAGCUGCUGUCCAUGAUCAAGUUUGGCGCCGAGGAGAUUUUUAAAACACGUCACGAGGACGUUACGGAGGCCGAUAUCGAUCGUCUACUCGAUGAGGGAGAGACGAUCUCGAACCAGCUGACGAGCGAAGCCAAGCAGCAGGUGCAGAUGUCCCUCGCCAGCUUUCAGCUCGGUGCGGAGGAGGCGAAUAUUUACGACUUUGAGGGCGUAAGCUACAAAACCGGCGCAGAGUCGCGGAUUUUGCACGUCAGGCUGAGCUCGCCGGUGAGCCAAGGGGAGUUGCAGGCACAGUGCUCGCAGCAUGGAGAGGUGAUCAAGGCCGUUCUGCACCCCAACCUGAGGGAGGCGUUGGUGUACUUCCGCUCAACCAGUGGGGCCAUGGAGGCCAAGGCGAAGCUGCCCUACGAAUCGGCCUUCGCUAGCCGAGACUCGCAGACAGUGGUGUCAAGUGACAUGAUUGCGGAGUGCAUCGGCGUGGGCGAGAAACUGGGCCGCGGCCAUCGCAUGCGUGGACCGGUGCAGCUCUUCACCGAGGCGGAUGUAGAGUCUAUGCAGAAGAAGGUAACCAAGGGACCGCCGCUGAAGCUGCCGAAGCUCCCCAAGUUUCACCCGUACCAGCUGUACAACGCGAAGCGGCUGACGGAGCUGCACAACACGGAGGUGGCGCUGAUGGUACGCAACUGGAAGCGCAAGUACGAGGAGAAGAGCGACGCGCAGAAGAGCAAGGAGAACAACGAGGAGGCUGGCGACGAGGCCGAGGACGAAGACGAGCUCCUGACCGAGGUGGAGCAAGAGGAGCGAGAGCGGCUGAUGAGCGAGGGCUUCCCGACCUGGACCUUCUACGAGUACCGCUCGGUAGUGUCAGCCCUUACCAGCGGAAAGAUGGAUCUCACCGACUACACUGCCAUCGCUGCUGCAGUGGGUGGAACCAAGACGGUGGGCGAGGUGCGUGACUACGUGGUUGCCCUGCUGGAGCGUGGUGAGCAGUGCAUCAAGAAAUUCGCCCUCGUGGAGGAGCGCAUCAAGAAGGCGAGGGUGAGGCGCGAAGCGAAAGAGAACGUCUUCAAAGCUGCCAAGUGGAAGGUGGAGACGUGCGAGCACCCAGAGAAGGAGCUCACCUUUAAGGCGCGCGGCAACGUAGCACUUGAUCGGGAGAUCUUUCUCAUGGCCUACGAGACUGGGUUCAAGGCGAACAACACGAGCGAGCUGGUGCGUACUCGCCCCCAGCACAUCUUCAAUGUCUGGUAUCAGUCCCGCCCUGACGGUUUCUUUAGCAAGCGUUUGCACACGUUGAUGAAGUCAGUGCAACGGGAGUGGGAGAAGCCGGCGGAGGAUGACGGCGCCAUGCCAAGUAAGAGUCGCCGUCGCCUGGAGAUUUGA